CACUCUCUUACUAAAGACUAGUGAACCAAGGGAGUCUGCACUACUGAGGACAGGAGAGAAGAGAAGCUGAAGACUGAACAGACCUACAGGAGAUAUGGGGAACUUACUGAGAGCAACAGAGAAGACAAGAAAGCAUUCAGUGAUGUUGCAGAUCUCAUUGCUUUGAAGAGGAUCAUAAGAAGGUAACCAUGGACCCCGUAUCUCUUCCAAUCACUUCUCCUAUAGAGCCUUGGGUGAGGGACCCCAAUAUAACCAUAUGCAAGAAUGUGACUUGUAAUGAAACAUUGGUGGAGGAACCAAUGUCGAGGAUAAGCUCUGUCCUCAUCCCUUUUAUUUAUUUGCUGGUCUGUGCCAUUGGACUCAGUGGGAAUACUCUAGUCAUCUAUGUUGUCCUCCGUUAUGCCAAGAUGAAGACAGUUACCAACAUCUACAUUUUGAACCUGGCAGUGGCAGAUGUUCUUUUUAUGUUAGGACUACCCUUCCUUGCCACCCAAAAUGCCAUCUCCUAUUGGCCCUUUGGAACUUUUCUCUGUAGACUGGUGUUGACGGUGGAUGGUAUAAACCAGUUUACCAGUAUCUUCUGCCUUACAGUUAUGAGCAUUGACCGCUAUUUAGCAGUGGUCCAUCCAAUCAAAUCAACCAAGUGGAGGAGACCCCGAGUGGCAAAACUUAUCAGUGCCACAGUGUGGACAUUUUCUUUUCUGGUUGUGCUACCAGUUGUCAUCUUCUCAGAUGUCCAACAAGACUUCCACACGUGCAACAUCAACUGGCCCGAGCCGGUGAAUAUUUGGUCUACGGCAUUCAUAAUCUACACCUCUGUUUUGGGCUUCUUUGGACCUUUACUGGUGAUUUGCCUUUGCUACCUUUUGAUCGUCAUCAAGGUGAAGUCUUCAGGCCUUCGCGUGGGAUCCACCAGACGUAGAAGAUCAGAACGUAAAGUCACAAGAAUGGUGGUCAUCAUCGUGGCGGUUUUUGUGUUUUGUUGGCUUCCCUUCUACAUAUUAAACAUAGUCAACCUAACAUUUUUUGUCCCGGAGGAACCGGCAUACGUUGGCGUUUACUUCUUUGUGGUUAUCCUGUCCUACGCCAACAGUUGCGCCAACCCAAUCCUCUACGGCUUCCUGUCGGACAAUUUCAAGCAGAGCUUUCAGAAGGUUCUCUGCUUUCGUAAAAGCAAUGGCAUCAAGGAUGCCGACCUGACGGAAAAUAGGCAAGAGAAGAGCAGUCGAAUGCAGGAGACCAUGCUCACCUCAAGGAACUCUGAAUUCAACGGACACAUGCAAACAAGCAAAGUGUGAGACCUCGGACCCUUCAACCUUUACGAUGAAUGUAUAUAGGCACAUGAGCACUUGAGGCCGAUAAAUAUGGAUUUUCAUGGAGUAGAAUCCAGAUCCUGAGGGAGAUUUGUCUUGGAAUCUACUUGUUUUCUAUUCAUCACUGGUGACGGCAGUAUUUCUAUAAAUGUCAUGUCUGAUUCUACCAGUCCAUAAUGACGUUUUUCUCUCGCCUUCUAUGCAUUAUUCCCCCCCGAUCCCUCCACCACCAGCACCCUAGAACAAUUUUCCGAGGGGUCUAUUGAAAUUGAUGCUAUCUUCUGUCUGCAAUGUAUCUGGUUCAUGGUCAGAUUAAAAACACCCGUGAAGUGGCUGCUGCAUUGUAAUGUAAACACAUGUCGCAUUUCCAUAAUAAUGUGCGCUAUGUAUGACUGAAUCUUACCAGGACUUAAUCACUAUUCAUGCCAGAGGGACAGGUAAUGCACAGUGACGGAUGGCAUACGAGAGAUUGAAACCCACUAUUAUUCUCACUUUCCAUCAGGUCCGCCUCGGCUCUCCGCAAUCACAUUACUCCUUAAUGUAGAUGGUUGGGGGGGGGGGGGGGGGAGAUGGUGGGUUUCUUUGUGUUUUAGGAAAUAUUUCACGUCUAUGCAUGUUUUUUUUGUUUUUUUACCUUGCUUGUUUACAUAUAGCAUUUUCUUCUUGGCAACCCUGCUAGAAGUUUCUUAAAGGGGUACUCCGGUGGAAAAAAAAAAUUUCAAAUCAAUUGGUUCCAGAAUGUUAAACGGAUUUGUAAAUUACUU